AUGAAGUCAUCGGAGGAUUCCUUGGAGUCUGUGUUGAUUCGCACGAGUCAUAUGACAGAUGUUAACGAUUUGCUCCAAGAGUUAGGACUCGUGAUAACUGGUCGUCUCAGAGGGUCGGCAUAUGGAGUACAGGCUGUAUGUGCUCCUGAAUUAAGGACAGUUGAAUUAGAGGACUCUCCGGACGGGGACCACAACUCCAUAUACUUUCCCAAAUGUGUGCGAAUUAAACGGUGCGGCGGAUGCUGUGGAGCCUCUCAGCUCUUAGAGUGCAGUCCAACCAAAAAGUCCUACAAAACCGUCAGAAGAGCCCACAUUAGAAUGAAGAGAUCAGCAGACGGUCGACCCCUUCCUAACCUAUCGCACCAUUCGGUUAGUGUGGAAGAGCACGAAGAGUGUGGGUGUCAGUGCCGGGUUGGGCCCCAACAGUGCGACCCAUUCCUCCAUAGAUACCGACUAGAGCUAUGCAGAUGUGAAUGUCUUAACGCUAGGGAUCAGUUGGAGUGCAAAAGUCUCGGCACUUAUAGAAUAUGGGAUUCAAGUGAGUGUCGGUGCAAAUGCAUUGUCACCAAACUCUGUUCCACUGGAUAUUACUUCGAUGACCACACCUGCAGUUGUAUUGAAGAGGAAUACAAACAUUAAUAAAAGGACAGACACUGGGAGUCAUAACACGGUUCAUGUGUGGACUGGAAAAGUCAUACAAAUUAAUUGAGUCACUGAAGGGAGAACAUGACAAACGAUAUGAUCAGUAGGUAUGGCAUGGAUUGCAUGCAUAUGCGAAGUAAGGUCCGCACCGUUAGCCGUAUAUACAAUUACUCGCCGACUAUGUUUCUGUUACAUGUAUAUUUGUAUUUGUAUACAAUCAUAGAGUUUGUCAAAUGGGAAAAUAAAAACUUUUUUUCAUCAUCACCG